UGCAGUGGGAGUCCUUUCUCAGCUCUUUCUUCCAAGUUCAAAUCCAGCCUGCGUGAGCUUCUCUUGCUUAGAUGGAGGGAGAAACAUAAAGUCAGACAUAAAACCAACAACUAAUUUAUCCUUCUGGAGUGACCUGGCAAAUUCAAUCCAACAACUGUUCCAAAAAGUAAAAUAGUAAAGGAGGACCUUUCAUAUACGUAUAUAACUGAUCAUUCAAAAGCAAUAUGAUAUCUGGGUACAGCAGCAGGCUCAAGAUGCUGUUUACUCUAGGACUUCUCCUCCUCCUCACCCCACUUCCCUCUUUUGAAACCACAACCAAUCAGAAGAGAGAUGCCAGAGGAAGCAAUGUGACCAAGACCAAUACUGUUCUCACUCUCUUAAAACCAAAAACCACUUCCAAACAGAUUGCGAACCCCGCCCUUAAACCAAAUCCAGUCAACACAACGGUUUUACCAACAUCAGGUUCCAACCAAAAACCUACAACAGCCAGCCCUACCAAGACACCCAAAACCAGGCUCAGCGUUGCAGUAAAUCAAACCACUUCAGCAGCAGCAAAGGCUGCUCCAACUAGCAUCAUCAUGAACAAAGACAAACACAAAGUCAACCAGACUGCUUCCAGAGAUAACCCUGCACCCACCGGAGCUCCAAAGGUUCAAUCAACAUCUACAAAAGCUCCUUCAACCAGUAAAACAACAAAAAUCAAACCCCAACACUCUGCCAAUCCCAGUCCUUCACCAAAACCUUCAUCAACCAGUGGGGCGAAAAUGAUCGAAGAAAAGCCUAAUCAAACCGUUCAGCUCAUUUCAGGGAAGAAUGUUUCAGUCAAUCACAGUAAAACUGUUAAAAACAAGCCUACAGCCUCUGCAAAUCAAACCAUUGAUGCCGAUAACCGUCCCAGCAGUGAUGAAAACUCCAAAGACCAUCCGACUUCAACAACGAAUGUUCACAAUGUUCCAUCAAAACCAGCAAAAGAUGACAAAGUUAGUGAUUCAACUGCAGACAAAAACAAAGCAACACCCUCUGCAAAUCACACUUCAACAACCACCACCGUCAAAGAAAAGCCUGCCCCUUCACAGCCAAUCAAAGUGGUCAUCAGUGACGGCUGUGACUCAAGCCACGCGAAGGAACAGGAGUUGACCCUGAAGCCUGGCGCUCCUUUAUUGAUGACACAUAAAAUCAGCCUGCUCCCUGGUGGCUGUACUGGAGAAUGUGAAGCUGAGAUGGCCGAUUUGAAAGGACGUGUGGCCAGACUGGAAAAAGAAAUGUCCUUUUUAUUGGGGAACUGUCCAUGUUCUGCAAAUUGUCCAAAUGACUGUAGUGGAAAUGGGAAAUGUGAGAAGGGGAAAUGUAUCUGCCAUCAAGGAUUUAUGGGUCCAGACUGCAGUAAGUGUGCACAGGGUGCCAAGUGUAAUGAAGUUUCAGAAAGUAACAGGAAUGAAAAAGAAAAAGAGAAGAACAUGACCAUACAGGAAAAGAAAAACAUCACUAAAGUGGACAACAAAGGGCUGACGGAAGGGUUUGAAAACAAAGCUACCAAUACCAAAGUAGGAUCUAAUGCAAAAGAGGGACAUGUGAAACCACAAGACAACAAAAAAACUUCUGACAACAAAAUUAAUGAAAAAACUGACAGAAGCGAGCAAGAGGCUCUCCAAGGGAAACCCCAAACCAAAAAUGUUUCUCCAACAAACAACCCAAAACCUGAUCAGAAAAAAAAUGACAAAGAAUAUCUUAAUCUUGACAACAUAAAAGAUGAUCCUCUAUCCAAUGUAACACAGGGUAAUACGAAAAAAACUAAUGGCACAGCUAAAGUUGAAACCAAUACUUCUCAAAACACAAGUCCAAAGAAAAACAAAAAAGAACACGACGUAACCAGGAAGCCCACACUAGCUGAGAUGAAGAACCCYCAAUCAUCUGAGAAAAAACAAAGCAACACUGAUAAACCAGAAAACAAAAAUGAGCAAGCUACUGAAAACAGGAAAACUCCAGGUGUGGCUGCAAAAGACAAGGUCAUACAGAAAAAUCAACAUGUUACGAACACAACUAAUAAAAUGACAGAGAGGACGAAUGUCCUUAAGAACAAAACAGAAAUCCAUAGGACCAAAAUGACUGGCGGUUUAGGGUCGAUGAAAGUUGAGAACAUUUCCUCCCACAGCUUUACCGUCAACUGGCUAGCACCUCAAGGAAUGUUCAAGAAUUUCACUGUGAUUAGAAAAGAGCCACUGACAGAGAGUGAGCAUGAGGAAGAGCUUGAAGUGGAGGCUGCAGCCUGGAACUCAACUGAGGCACAACAUGAGAGCACCAACUUAACCGUCUCCUCCAGCAAAACAGCUGGAUUCAAAGAUAAAACUGAAACCAAGAGGAUCUCUAUGGUGCUGCCGGGCAACGUACGCUCUGUGGAGUUCAGUAAUCUCAGAGCAGACACCCACUACUCUCUGCAAAUCUAUGGGACUACGGCAGAGAGAAGAUCCAAGAUUCACAGAGUAACAGCGAUAACUGGUCCUAAACCACCCACCAAACUGGUUUUCAGCAACGUAACAGAAAAUUCUGUUGCUGUUUCCUGGACCAAACCAAAGACUGUUUUUACAGGCUUCAGAGUAACAUACAUCAACAAGGCAACAGGGAAGAGCCGCUACGUGAGCGUGAGCUCUCAGCAGUCACAUGUUGUUCUGUCCGAGUUGUCCAGCGGGUCAUCCUACACUAUCAGUGUUACCACAGUUAAAGGCAGGGCUCAGAGUGAUGAGCUCACAUCUGUUAUCACCACAGUGCCUGCCCCUCCAACACAUCUUCAAGUCAACAAUGUAACCGAUACCAGAGCUGUGCUGCAAUGGACCCCCAGCCUGGGGAAAGUAGACAGUUUCAUCAUCAACUACGAGUCCUCCAAAACUCCCAAUGURACAGUAACAGUGAUGCUGUCAGGAAGCUCAGCUCAGUACCAGCUUAAAGGCCUGCAGAGAGGCACGCUGUACAAGGUCAAAGUGCUGAGCCAAAAGGGCAGCCUCAAGAGCGUGGCCAUCUCAUCUACUUUCACUACUGCAAACGUGGUUAAAGCCAGUGAGGUUGGUGCUCGCUCCGCAGUGAUCACCUGGAGAACGCCCGUCGUUUAUCACAGCUACAGGGUGAUCUAUCAGGUGGCAGGAGAGAAGGCAAAGGAGGUGAUCCUGGAGCCCACCUACACAGAAUAUAAACUGACAGGCCUGAUACCGCUGUCACGCUACACCGUUCUGGUACAAGGGGAGAAAAACGAACGCUACACAUCUCUUGUCACCUCACAGUUCAUCACUGGGAAGGUGCGUUUCCCUUUUCCUACAGAGUGUUCCCAGGAGCUGCUGAAUGGAGCCCUGGAGUCGGGGGAGGUUGACAUCUACCCACAAGGAAAAGAGGGACAAGCAGUGAGAGUCUACUGUGACAUGGAGACUGAUGGAGGCGGCUGGACGGUGUUCCAGAGAAGAACAAAUGGAAAAACAGAUUUCUACAGGACCUGGAGUGACUACAAAGCUGGCUUUGGAAACCUGAGCGAAGAAUUCUGGCUUGGUAAUGAGCUCCUGCACAGCCUGACCAGUAUGGGCCCUGUGAGUUUGAGAGUGGACAUAAGAGCUGGAAACGACACAGUUUACGCUCACUACACCAACUUCUCCAUCGCUUCGGAGGAGAAGAACUAUAUCCUUACUGUGUCCGGCUACACGGGAACAGCAGGUGACUCGAUGAGGUACCACAAUGGGCGUCCAUUCUCAACCCGAGACAAGGACCCGGACCCUGUGGGGAUCCACUGUGCCAAGGCCUACAUGGGAGGCUGGUGGUACAAAAACUGCUACAAGGUCAACCUCAACGGCCUUUWYGGCACCAGCAGUAAAAAUCAGGGAGUCGUCUGGAUAGACUGGAAAGGUAAAGACUUCUCCAUUCCCUUCACUGAGAUGAAGUUCAGACCCUCCAGGUUCUCCCCUGCAACUCACGGCUAAAGAUGCGUCGCUCUCCACGAAGUCACAAAUCCAGAAAACAAACGUCGCAACAGCUGGAUGUCUCUUUCCAAAUGAAAUGUCAUGGAGUGGUUUCAAAAAGGACGACUGCAGCAACAAUGGCAUAUAAUUCAUGUUUUUCUGAGUUGUUUUUUUUGUGUGUGUGUCUGUGUGUGUGUGCGUGUUUGAGGAAAUACAACAAAGAAUGAAGAAGUGCUUCAUUGUGACUUUUAUAUGUUGUUUUAAUCUUUUGCAUGAUGCAACCAAAUUAAAACCAUUCUGUUUUUAAGCCUUUGCCCACCACAAACUAUACAUUCCCACUAUUACUGUAAUGAAACGUGCACUGUCUUACUCCAUUGGAAUAAACAAGUCUAGAGUGGG